AUGGAGCACGCACUCGGAAACUACGUUGGGGGUAGUUUUAUUCGUGUUGCGUGGAUUAGAAUCGUUCAGGGUUUCAACUCACAAACAGGUCAAAACUUGACAAAACAACAUGUCAGUAACCGGCUCAAGGUGUUGAAGAGGUUUUACAUGUUAUACGACAAACUGGCUAACCUUAGCGGUUGGGGUUGGGACCCUGUGAACAAUAUACCCACGGCUGGUGACCCUACUGAUUUGGAUGCAGUAAUUGCGGCGAAUCCUGCAUACGCGAAGUGCGGGGAUAAACCAUUUCCUGCUUAUAACAACAUUGCCUUCUUGUGUGGAUCAACUGUGGCGACCGGCCGCUAUGGGAUGUCAUAG